AUGGUGAUUGCAAAGGUCGGACGAAAGCCGCCUGGAGACAGCGAAGCCAAUUAUGGCUCCCUACCAAUGCUCCGCAUUGCCAACACUGCUAGGAACAACAUUGUCGCUGUCCUUGGAGAGUUUGUAGGCAUGUUUCUGUUCCUGUUCUUCUCCUUCGCCGGGACACAGGUCGCCAAAACACCUCUCGGAGCACCAGGCUCAGUUCCCAAUCUGCCAUGUAUAAUUUUCAUUGCGCUUGCAUUUGGCGUCUCCUUGACAGCAAAUAUGUGGGCGUUUUAUAGGAUCACUGUCGCUUCCGCGGUGUUUCCUGGUCCUUUGGCUGUUACCACAUCCUUGGGAGGAGGCGCGAACACUGUGCAAGGCUUCUUCAUCGAAGUUUUCUUGACCUCGCAACUUGUUUUCGUCAUCCUCAUGCUCGCGGUUAAGAAGCAUCGGUCCACUUUCCUCGCUCCUGUAGGUAUUGGGUUGUCAUUUUUCCUUGCAGAACUUACGGGCGUGUAUUUUGCUGGAGGUUCUCUUGAUCCCGCUCGAUCAUUCGGGCCUGCUGCUGUGAUUGGAAACUUUCCCGGCUAUCACUGGACCUACUGGCUCAGCCCGACACUCGGUUCAAUUGUUGCCUGUGGGUUUUAUGUCUUGCUCUGCAACCUUCGAUACUACGAAUGUUACCCAGGCCAAGAGUCCGAUGGCCAAGAGACGGUUAGUGAGCAUAUCUUCAAAGGCUAA